CUGUUUUCCGUUCAUAGACCAAAAAUUAUCGCCGAAGAUUUGGGAGCCAAAUAAGAAAAAUAGAUGGCGGAGAUUGUUCCUACGACGGCCUUCGUGAUCGGCAAGAAGCGCGGCGCUGAGGAGGAGGAGGAUGGUGGCGCCGGCGAUCAGUGGGCCUUGUUGCCCAAGCGGACGACCGUAGGGGAUCCGGUGGCGGCGCUCGCAAGCGCGCGCCAUGAGUUCGGGGAGCACGGCGGGGUUAACAUGUCGAUCGAGGCGUCGGCGACGUUCACGGUUAUGGAGGCCGAUACGAUGCGCCGUAUGUUCUCCGGCGAGCUCGGCCCCGACCGCGAUUUCUUCAUCUACAGCCGCCACUUCAACCCCACCGUCCUCAACCUCAGCCGUCAGAUGGCGGCGAUCGAGGGCACCGAGGCGGCCUACUGCACCGCCAGCGGCAUGUCCGCCAUCUCCGCCGUCCUGAUCCAACUCUGCGGCGCCGGCGGUCACGUCGUCGCCUCCGGCCGCCUCUACGGCGGCACCCAUGCCCUACUCUCGCACUUCCUCCCCUACGCCUGCGGGAUCCGGGCUACGUUCGUCGACAUCGACGAUCUGGAGGCCGUGAGGGCGGCGGUUAUCGAGGGGGAGACCAAGGUGCUGUACGUGGAGACAAUCUCGAACCCGACGCUGGCGGUGGCCAACGUCCCACGUCUGAGCGAGAUCGCGAGGGAGAAGGGGGUGAAACUGGUGGCGGACAACACCUUCGCCCCGAUGGUGUUGUCGCCAGCGCGCCUCGGCGCCGACGUCGUCAUCCACAGCGUCUCCAAGUUCAUCAGCGGCGGCGCGGACAUCAUCGCAGGUGCAAUCUGCGGUCCGGCGAGCCUUGUGAACUCGAUGAUGGAUCUGCAUAAGGGCGCCCUGAUGCUGAUGGGACCCACCAUGAACGCGAAGGUAGCCUUCGAGAUCUCGGAGCGGCUCCCCCACCUGUCCCUGCGCAUGAAGGAGCACUGCAACCGCGCGCUGGUCUACGCCACCCGCAUGCGCAAGAUGGGACUGAAGGUCAUCUACCCGGGCCUGGACGACCACCCGCACCACUCCCUCCUCGCCUCCCUCGCCAACCCCGGCUACGGCUUCGGCGGCCUGCUCUGCCUCGACAUGGUCACCGAGGAGCGCGCAAACAAGCUGAUGCACCACCUGCAGAACACCACGCAGUUCGGGCUGAUGGCGGUCAGCCUCGGCUACUACGAGACUCUCAUGUCAUGCUCCGGCAGCAGCACCAGCAGCGAGAUGAGCCCCGAGGAGCGCGCCCAGGCGGGCAUUUCGCCUGGUCUCGUACGCAUGUCCGUCGGCUACAGUGGCACGGUAGAGCAGCGCUGGAGUCAGUUCGAGCGGGCUCUUUCUCUCCUUCACCCUUUGCCCAAGCAGCAGCAGCAUGUCUAAGCGCUCCGCAUGUAUGUUGUGUGAUAUUCCAUACUUUACAGAACUGGGACGAUGAGGGGCCUGGUAAUUAUGUAGUGAGAAUAAAUAUAUAUGCUGCCCCACCUUCUCCUACUCUUGUUGUAAUUUCUGAUCACUCCCAAUCGCGUGGGAGUUAAACUCUGAAUGAACUUUUCUAGGUGACAUGUUAAUUAUCA